AGGAAGCUGUGGUUGAGGCUUUGAUUAAAGCUAUUGCUGAUUCAGGAGCAAAAGUCAUUGUUAGUCGGUCAUCAAUUUGUAAAAUGACACUAAAUCUCUGCGAACUCUACAAGAUAAUGGUUCUGCAGAUUACUUCCGAAAUUGACUUUACCAGUUUCUGCUGUAAAGCUGGUGCAGUUGCCUCAUCUCAGCUUUUCUUGCCUCAGCAUCUGGGAUAUACUGAUUCAAUUUCAAUAACAGAGAUUGAUGGUGCAAGACUAAUGAUUGCCGAGAUUGGUAACUCCUCUACAAUUGUUUUGUGUGGAACCAAAUGGAGCCUCUUAAACAAACAAGAGAGAUACAUUACUCAGGGAAUCGAUACAUACAAGGGCACAUGCAUUUCUCAGGGCAUGUUUAGACACAGAGACAGAUCUAUUGUCCCUUGGAAGACAGCAAUGGAACUGUUGGUUACUAUGAAAGUCUAUGCUAAAUCACACACAAGGUUAGAGAAUCAUGCUAUCUCCAAGUUCGUUGAGAGCUUGGAAUAUGUGCUUAACAACAGGCCAGAUUCAUUUACAACCAAAUCACUUAUUGAAUCAACCAAAGCUGUUUGCUCAGUUCUCCGAUCUUCUCAGAUCUUACCUAAGCAGUUUGCCUCUUCAUUUGAAGAAGAAUCUGGGUUUGAUUUAAAGUCGCGUGUAAUUAAACUAUUGAAUCUUUUGCUUAUGGCUUUGGGUUACCUGGCGCUGGAGUUUAUCGUCUAUGAUGCCAAAGAUAGGUUUUUUUCUGAGACGGAAGAGGACAAGAAGAGGGCUGCAGAGAAAGCCGAGCGAGCAGCUGAGAGGGCUGCAGAGAAAGCCGAGCGAGCAGCUGAGAGGGCUGCAGAGAAAGCUGAGAGGGAUAAAGAGAGAGCGGAGAGAGCCUUGCAGAAGCUUGAGAGAAAGAAGGCUGAGAAGAAGAAGGAUUGAAACCGGAUCAGAGAAUUGAUGUUUUUUUUUACCUGUUUACCUGUCGCUUAGCUUUGAAAAGGAAAAACCAAAAUGUAGACAGAAUGUUUGAAGCAGAAUUUCAGGGGCUUAUCAUAUAAUGAAUGACUUCAGUGAUAACAUCA